CCAACCUGUCCCGGUCCUCUGCUCCCUCACUUCUCUCUCUUUCUCUCUUUCUCUGUCUAAAACUAUCAGAAAGCCCUAAAUCAUAAAACCUCCUCUCCAUCCUCCGCCUCGCUCUCUUUCCUCUCUUCGUUCCGAUCACACCUUUCAAUUUCUCGGAUCUUGCCGCCAGCCGGAGCCACCAUGUUUCGCCAAGCUACCAGAGUUCUUUCCCGGCCCUUUCUCUCAGCCCGAGCUCGGCCCUUCUCGACCGAAGUUUCGGCGGCUCCAGCCGUUGACGCGUCCUUUGUGGAGAGCUGGAACAAAGUGAUCCCUAACAUCGACCCACCCAAGACUCCUCUUGCCUUCAUGAAGCCUCGCCCUCCCACUCCAUCUACCAUGCCUUCAAAGCUCACUGUCAACUUUGUCCUCCCUUAUGCAUCCGAGCUCUCCGCUAAGGAGGUUGACAUGGUUAUAAUUCCAGCAACUACUGGUCAGAUGGGUGUUCUUCCCGGUCAUGUAUCAACUAUUGCAGAGCUGAAACCGGGACUCCUAUCAGUUCACGAAGGAAAUGAUGUGACAAAAUAUUUCGUCAGCAGUGGUUUUGCAUUCAUCCAUGCAAAUUCCUACGCUGAUAUAAUUGCAGUAGAGGCUGUUCCACUCGAUAAAAUAGAUCUUAGCCUAGUCCAAAAAGGACUUGCAGAAUUCAACCAGAAGUUGAGCUCUGCUUCAACUGACUUGGAGAAAGCCGAAGCUCAAAUUGGAGUGGAGGUGCAUAGUGCCAUGAAUGCUGCCCUCACAGGCUAGUGUUACUUACUACUGGUCCCUUGGUCAAUUUGCUCUUGUUAAUUUAGUCAUAAUAUCUCACUUCAUGCAAAGUUGCAUCCUUUUUUUUAAAAUUCUGCCUCAUUUUGUCUUCUGGAGCCAAAUUUGUCUCUGAACAUUUUAUUUGUUUUUGUGGUGAAUGUGGAAUUCAUAUUAAUAAUCUUGAUUGAGUAUCAGGCUUUCACAAAUAGCUGAGCAAACACUUGAAGAAAUUGUACUUGUAUUUACCGGACUCGUUUAUUUUUAUAAGUUUUAUACAGCUUUAUGGGGGUUUUCAUUA